AUGGUGGCCGGAGGAGAAAGAUCGAACGUUGGAGGUUUUCUGUCAAAAUCAGUCGAGUUUCGAGCCAUUUUCGACGAGUUGGCGGCGGUUCGUGGUGGGAAGGAGGUGCGACAUGAUGGCAGGGUCUGGCCGUAUAAGGUGGUGGCGGAGUUGUGGCCUGCAGUGGCCGGUGGUGACUAG